GCAUCAAGGUUGUUGUGGACACACAUAGAUAAAUCUUCAACACAAAAAUUGCAGGCAUGAAUGAUUGCUGGACAUGGCAAUCACUACCUUAAGCCAAAGGGUCAACAAGAGUUAGAUUCUCUGCGGACAUGUCGCUCACGUUCUUCUUAAUCCACUCCUUUAAAGCGAUCUCUCCAAUCUGCGGAGUCAUCUUCAUCACCAUCACAAGAAAACUACGAAAUUAUUGAGAUGGAUCCCUUCGACGCCGGCAAUCAUGGCAACCUCGAGCUGGCUGGGAAAGAGAGAGACAGCCCACGCCACGAAAAGCAAAUCGCUGUCGACCCGAUUUCCCUACAGCGAGAGCUGGCCUUCUUCGGGUCGAAACCUUUGCCAGCCAUCAAGACGGGCGGUUGGCACGGCCUUCUACCCCCGCUCUCGCCUGCCAAGAGCAAGUUCCUAAGCUACAGCCUCCCGAACUCAACCACAUCGUCGCCACGCUUCCCUUCCGUUAGCAAUCUGCUGAAGAGGAACAAGAAGUGGAUGCGGCAUGAAAGCCGGGCGCAUACUCCUCCUCAGCUGGAUUUCGACCAUCUCGUGACGCUCAGCCCGUACCUCGCGAUGCAACAAGAGAUGAGGAGCUUCAGGAGGAGUAAGUCGUGCGGCGAAGGAAGAGCGAUCCCGCCCUCCGUAGACUUUGAUCUUCUGGCAACCAAAGCUAAAGCUGCUGGCACUGCCACUAGCCCUAGCGACAGUAGCUGUACCAGUGAUAGUAGCGAGAGCGAAUGUCGCCAAGAAGUGAACCUGAAGAAGAACAACUUCCCCGGAACGGCGAGCGACGAAGACGGGGACGGUAAGAGGGAGAAGGAAAGCCGGCAGGAGGAGUUCAAAUGCGGGGCGCUGUGCUUGUUCCUUCCAGGGUUUGGCAAGGCCAAGCCUAUCAAAUCGAAGAAGGGUUCAUCCCAAGCAGCGGAGAACAGCUUCGUGAUCUCCAGGACUGUCUCAUUGGAGAAAUUCGAAUGUGGAUCGUGGGCUUCCCCUGCCAUCGACGCGAACGAAAUCAUCAUCCAUGGAGGCGGAGCUGGAGCUGGAAUCGGAAACUCCGCCAACCACCUCUACUUUGAUCUGCCGCUCGAGAUGAUCCGGAGCAGCACGAACGACACGCAUUCUCCCGUGACCGCGGCCUUCAUCUUCGAAAAGGAGAGGAAAGGCGUCCUGAAGAAGAACGGCUCGGCGAGGAAGUCGCAUGAGUCCUCCCGGCACGUCCGCUUCUCCACGUCUUCGCCAGGUUCGCACCCGGCCUCGCCGACCUCUUGCAUCACGCCCCGCCUGCGCAAGGCGAGGGAGGACUUCAACGCCUUCCUAGAAGCACAGAGCGCUUGAAAAUUUAUCAUCAGUUCCUCCAGUUGAAC